AUGAACCAAAUUGAAAGAUACUUGCUUCUAGGCUAUGUCAAUGCGAGAUCUAAUAAACCGCAUGUUGGUCGCCGUCAGCUAAAGCUCGAGGUAGUUGAGCAAUUUUGGACACUCAAUAAAGCCCAAAAGCACGAGCAAAUUAGUAGCGCCAUGAAGAUGGAGGUCCCUGCAUCCUUUGAACUGGGACCAGAUCCAUAUGACAUCCCGAAUCUCAAAGACAGUCGCAUCAUCGGCACCCGCGGAAUCGUCGUUCGCACCCACCUUGACUCCAAAGAUGAACCCACAUGGAAUGCAUUCCUGACUACCCUGGAAGACUUGGAGCGAAAAUCCUUCGGUGAUCUUCCAGACGCCCAAAUGGAAAGUGACAGCGAUAGCGACGAGGAAGAGGAGGAGGAAGGUCAAGGAGAAGGAGAAGAAACCAGCCAACGGAAUGAGGAUGAAGAAAUGGCCGAUGCAGGAUCAAAGCCCAUCUGCUAUGAAUCAGAUGCCUUAUUCACUAUAGUCGACCCAGUGAAUAAGGAGGUAUACCAUACCUUGCGGAAUAAGCUAUCCAAUGCCUCGAACAUAACUUUACUUCGGUUGUUCAACGACCCAUCGAUCGCGCCAUCGCCUUCUCUGUCGGAUAACGCCCCCAAGCGAAUUAAACCGGGCCAUAGACUGAUUGACGAAGAUGGGUUUCAGGAGGUUUAUAACGGUGGUAGGAUAUGGGUAUGGGACUAUCAAAGUACAAAGGAUCAGACUCUUCGCUUGGUUAGCCCUCAAGUUUUCGUAUAUGGUGACGCAACAGGAGAUUCUUGGCGAGUGAAAGCAACGCACAUGUGGGAACUCCAAUUGAACAUCGACAACGGCAUGAGGAUUGAUUUCAGUGGAGGACGAUUAAAUGAGUAUCAAAUGAAGUUAAUCGCAGCUGAUCAGGAUUUCAUAAGCGCACGAGUCAGACAAUCUUGGGAAAUAGCAUGUGUACACUAUACCGACCUCGACCAACAGCAGUCUAUGGACACAACUAUGACCAACAUUGAUAGUGCCGAUAUGCCUUUGUACAUCGAAACUCCACUAGUUUAUUCACCUGUCAUGUCUUCCAGAUUAGGCUAUGAGGUGUACCUAAAAAUGGAGAACCUUCAACCGUCUCAAUCAUUCAAAUACAGGGGGAUAUCAUUAUUUGUCUCCCGAGCUAUCCAAGAACAUGGCUCUGAAGUCCAUAUUGUGGCUGCAACAAGCGGGAGUGCUGGGAUUGCACUAGCAUGGGCUGGCAAACGUCUUAAUGUUCGUACCUCGGUUUUCAUACCGGUUUCGGCGGUUGGAGUACAAGCAGAGCUAGACAUGGCUGGCUCGGAGGUUAUCGUAGGAGGCGUGGACUAUGCGGAUGCAUUGUUGGCCGCUCAAGCUUUUUGUAAGAACAAACCGAAAACAGUUCUAAUGUCCUCUUAUGAUCACCCCACGUUGUGGGAAGGCCACUCAACAAUGAUACAUGAAAUAGCUCGACAAAUUCCGAAUAAAGCGGCUCCAAACGCUAUUGUCUGUAACGUAGGGGGCGGAGGCCUUCUGGGAGGAGUCUUUCAAGGGAUCAACGAGCUGGAGUGGGACCGCACAAAACUGGUCGCAGUCGAAACACACGGCGCCAAUUGUUACCAUCUCUCUCUACUGGCAAACUCACCCAACCCUGCAUCUCGUUUGCUCAUUCCUGAUAAUGUGGCACUGCUCAAGUCACAAUCACUCACAGGUCGAACCUCACAGGCAGAAGUGACCCUGGCAAGGUUACCAGCCAUUACAUCAGAAGCGUCCUCGCUUGGUGCCAGGUCGCCUUCACAAACAACGCUCGAAAUAGGCCUAGCGUGCCCAGAGCUCAUUGCAGUAAGCGUUCCAGAUACGAUAGCUAUGCAAGCUGUACUUGGGUUUCUAGACGAACAAAAGCUAUUGAUUGAACUCGCAUGCGGAGCUACACUUAGCCCGGCAUACACCCCUGGUCUUCUACAAAAGCUCUUGCCUAAAACCUUGGAACAACCUCGUCCUGUGGUCGUAUUCAUCAUAUGCGGUGGAUCCAAGGCCACAUUUCACGACACAGAGGGUUAUCGUAAUAUGUUAUUGGGAAAUGCAGAAACACACGACGCACGUAACCUAAUAAUGAUAGGUUCCGCCGUUGGCCUUUCAUGA